CUCUACUGUCGAUCCUCCCGCCAGGUACUAUCAUCUCCGCGGGACGAGCUUGCACGUUGGCAGCUGUGGAACACAAACAAUGAUAUCAGAGCCUCCUGCUUGUGAUAUCGAUGGCGUUUCAGCUAGGACCAUCCGAUCCGAGUCAGACAAUACCAGAUUGGUGCAUCUGUGCCAGCUCCCGGAGGUUACAUAAAUCCAGCCAUCUCAUGUUUCAUUCUAGUGCAGAAUUCACGUUCCCCUUCGAGCCAAUAAUACCCCAGGCUACGCAGAUUUUGGCAUAGUAUCUCUACAAUCGUGAGCGACCGCAUCGCCCCGUCCCCCAUAUAAGUUAUAACGCAUAUUCCAACUCUCUCGUUCGUGACUGCUCGAUACCAUGUCAGACGCCGACGCAAGCGAAGUAUCGAGGAAGCCAAAGGUCCUAGUUGCAAGCUUUGACGGUACCGCAGGGUUAUAUGAUGCGAUGAAUACGAAUGUCGUCAAGUUCGUCUCGUUGUUAAAGAAAGAUACGGAUAGCCAACUCUGCUAUUACCAGGCUGGUGUUGGAACGUAUUUAGCUCCUGGAGUGGUUUCCCCCAUGUUCACUUGGCUCGCGAAGCUCUUGGAUGAGGCAUUUGCAUGGUACCUGGACGCCCAUGUCAUGGAAGGUUACGGGUUCUUGAUGGAUAACUACCAGCCUGGUGAUAAGAUUUGUCUUUUCGGCUUUUCUCGAGGAGCAUAUACCGCACGUGCGUUAGCGGGAAUGUUGCACAAGGUUGGGCUGCUUCCGAAAUCCAACGUCCAACAAGUUGGCUUUGCCUACGAUGCAUAUAAGCAGACUGGUGUAUCAGCAGAUGCGCUUGCUGCAGGAUUUAAGCAGACGUUUUCGCGUGACGUCAAGGUAGAGUUCGUAGGAGCCUGGGACACCGUACAAAGCACUGGGGUGCUAUGGAGCCGGAGCCUGCCAUUCACAGAUUCUAAUACCCUGAUCAAGACAUUUCGACACGCUUUGGCUCUCGACGAGCACCGCGUUAAAUUCCAACCAGAUCUUUACCAUCGGUCGCAGACAGAUACACCUGAUCCGGAUUAUUGCAAGGUGUCAAAGUUAUCCGAAGUUAUUGCAGCUUUGGAAGACAAUGUUUCCGAUGAAAUUGGUUCGUCGCGGAAUAAGCUCCCUCAAGUUGUGAAACGUGCGAAGAAGUUCGCGGGGAGGCCGAAGUUUCAACGGCUGAAGCGUGGUUUCGCCAAGACAGUCUUGCGCCAGCGGAGCCAAAUUGUCGCUGAGAAUCCUGGGGAAACUACCGUCGUCAAGGAUCAGACAAGUGUGGAAGUGCUUGACAUUCCUGACAUAGAGCCGACACCGCCACCAGAUGUUAUGGAAGUCUGGUUCUCGGGAUGUCAUAGUGACAUAGGUGGCGGAAAUGUUGACAACUCUGUCAAGGUCUCAUUGGCGCAAAUCACUCUUCGCUGGAUGGUCGAGCAGGUCAUCCUCUCUGAAUGUGGCAUCGUUUUUGAUGAGGAAGCUCUUGAGCGUGCCGGCAUGCCAUUAUCAAGCUUUCCUAUUCCGCAAACGCCUCCUGCUACUGAGGAUCCGACUGGCGAGUCACAACCUAUCGAUGCUGUGUCGCCUUGCGCAGAAGCACCCUUGCCCACCCCUUCUAGCCCUCCCACUGAUCCCCCCACUACACCCUCACCCCCAACUCCCCAAACUUGCGAUGCUCUAGCUCCUUUGUUCGACGAGCUGCAGCUCCAGAAGGCUUGGUGGCUUCUUGAAAUCAUGCUCCUUCCAUUUGCAUGGCAAGACGCGCAUGGCAAAUGGCACAAGAAAUGGAGCUUCCAUCUGGGCAAAGGUCGUGCUAUUCCCUUCCAGCAUCCCAAAUUUCAUUCAUCCGUCAAGGAGCGGAUGGACUAUACGCCCUUGAAGUAUGAGCCACGAGCGAUAUACCAACACGAUCAAGUGGUUUUUGUAUGAUGACGACAACGACCGGACCUCUGCGACCCGUAUUGAUGCCCAUCCACGAUAGAAAUCUUUUGAAACCAUAACGCCCUGAAUGAUACUAUUAGCGUUGCGCUAUUUGCGUGAGUAAUGCCUUGUAAUAUUCCGAGACUUCCGUAGGACUUGUUUAUAACCCGCUUUAUGAUUGUGAUAAUGAUAUGUUCAGGCCGCGUCGGUAUUUUGCGUUUCGACCAUGCAUGCUGCGAGUCUCAGGCGAUGCUGUAAUCUGUAAUCGCCUCUAGUUGUGCCGGUCUUCGAUCGUGGAAUUAUCGCACGUUCGACCAAUUGGAUAUCUUCGUUGAUGCAUGCGGCUUCCAGGGUUAUAUGCACCGGACGCCACUACAACUUUGAAAGAGGGUUCAACGUUCAAUCCAGAUCGGGAGCCCCUCACGAAUCUGUCCCAGUGUAAGUGUGCAGAGGAAGUAGGUGUACCGUAAUGUCUGGCAUGCA